GAGAUCAGCUGUGCUUCUCUGGCCUCAGCUCUGAAGUCCAACCCCUCCCAUCUGACAGAACUGGACCUGAGCUACACCAAGCUGCAGGAUUCAGGAGUGAAGCUGCUGUGUGCUGGACUGGAGAGUCCAAACUGUAGACUGGAGACUCUGAGGUUGAGGAACUGCAGUUUGUCAGAGAUCAACUGUGCUUCUCUGGCCUCAGCUCUGAAGUCCAACCCCUCCCAUCUGACAGAACUGGACCUGAGUAAGAACAAGCUGCAGGAUUCAGGAGUGAAGCUGCUGUCUGCUGGACUGGAGAGUCCACACUGUAGACUGGAGACUCUGAGGUUGAGGGACUGCAGUUUGUCAGAGAUCAGCUGUGCUUCUCUGGCCUCAGCUCUGAAGUCCAACCCCUCCCAUCUGACAGAACUGGACCUGAGCUUCAACAACAAGGUGCAGGAUUCAGGAGUGAAGCUGCUGUCUGCUGGACUGGAGAGGCCCGACUGUAGACUGGAGACUCUGAGGUUGUGGAGCUGCAGUUUGUCAGAGAUCAGCUGUGCUUCUCUGGCCUCAGCUCUGAAGUCCAACCCCUCCCAUCUGACAGAACUGGACCUGAGCUUCAACAACAAGGUGCAGGAUUCAGGAGUGAAGCUGCUGUCUGCUGGACUGGAGAGUCCAGACUGUAGACUGGAG